GCAGUUGUUCCAAUAGCGAGGCGAAGCAAGGGGAAGCGACGCGGCUGCCGCCUCUGACAGCGCAGCCCUUGCAGGUCGUUCCCUCCGCCCCGGGCUUGUUUCGUGCCGGUUGCUUUCCCUUUUCAGGCACCGCUCCUGGACUGUCUCGGAUUUAGGAUUAACUCGCCUGUUGAGAGAUGAUCCUGGCUGGAUUAUUCAAAGACCCUUAGAACCCACCUUUCCUCACCUAAGUGAUGGAGCCUCGGAUGCCACACCACCUGACUCUGGUUCCCAGUUCCACCAUGGUCCAACCUCUCCUGGACAGUCGUGUCCCAUAUGGCCGGCUGCAGCAUCCUCUGACCAUCCUUCCAAUUGACCAAAUGAAGACCACACACGUGGAGAAUGACUACAUUGACAAUCCCACCCUGGUUCAGUUGGCUGCUCAGAAAUCCCAGCCAAGCCACCCAGAAGCCACCCACCACCCGCCGCGGUGUGAGCCAGAUGUCACCCACCCCUGGAUCUCUUUCAGUGGCCGACCCAGCUCUGUCAGCAGCAGCAGUAGCACCUCGUCUGAUCAGCGGCUCUUGGAUCACAUGGUGCCAGCCCCGGUGGUGGAGCAGUCCUCGUCCUCCUCUUCCUCCUCCUCCUCUUCCCCAAGGGCAGUCCGCAUCCAGCCCAAAGCGAUGAACUGCAAGUCCCUGGACCUGAAGGGACCCGUCCCUUUGGAGCUGGACAAGCACUUUUUGCUGUGCGAAGCCUGUGGGAAGUGCAAGUGCAAGGAGUGUGCCCUGCCCAGGACUUUGCCCUCCUGCUGGGUGUGCAACCAGGAGUGCCUCUGCUCAGCACAGAACCUGGUCAAUUACUCCACCUGCAUGUGUCUCGUGAAGGGCAUCUUCUACCACUGCACGAACGAGGACGACGAGGGCUCCUGCGCUGACCACCCUUGCUCCUGUUCCCAUUCAAACUGCUGUGCCCGCUGGUCUUUCAUGGGCGCCCUCUCUCUUCUCUUGCCCUGCUUGCUGUGUUACUUGCCGGCCACCGGCUGUGUGAAGCUGUCACAGCGCUGCUACGACCAAGUGAGUCGGCCUGGAUGCCGGUGUAAAAAUACAAACAGUGUGAUUUGUAAAGCUUCCCCUGAGGGGAAGAUCAGCAGCAGACCAGAGAAGCCAUUUUGAUCUCCGGGGUGGGGGGGGGAGAUACAGCAGGUGGGGAGCACAGAAACAAAGGACAGGAAGCGAGUUUCAUAACCUGUGUUGCAAGCGAAACACACGGGGAUCAGCCUUUUUGCUUUUGACGAACAAAGAAAAGAAAUGAUCUCUUUCCAGGAACUGAAGCACUUUGGAGCAUUCAGAAUUGCGACGGCAGUGUGAUCCAUAGUCACAGAGCAGAGUACAGAAGAAGGUUCUGAUCUUCUGCAAAGCAAAGGCAGAAAUCCACUAUAUAGGGCAAUUUGGAAGACUUUUUCUCCUCCUUCUGGGUCUUCAUGUUGGGUGUUGGCUAAGUCUUCAGACUGCAAGAAUAGUUAACCAAUAGGCUUGGCAAGUUCAUCUAGCAAGAAUAUGGACUGUUAUUCGGUGAAGGAAAUCCAGUUCUAGGGGCCCCUUCCCUUAGUUUUUAUUUAUUGUUGAUAGGCAGGAAGGGUUGGGUUUUCUGCCCUUUAAGAGAAGUUGCCUGCACCUCAUCCUCUUUAAAAUAAUAAAUAAAAAAUACCUUUCAGUAUAUUACAGAAGUUCUUUUCAGUUGCAGCACCUUGACAUAUGGAGAUCAGCACCCUCAGUGGCACAGAUACAGGAUCCAAAAAGUGGGCAGCCUUGCCAGUCUCCCCCACCCCCAACACAUCGUUUUGUUUUGUAUACAAAAAUAUAGCCGAAUGGGUGUAAAGGCAUGAUCUAUUACACUCUCACAUCAUAGAAUUAUAGAAUAAUGGGGGUUGGGUUGGCCUAUAAGGCCAUCAAGUCCAACCCUGUGCUCAAUGCAGUAAUCCAAAUCCUGAGGUAAUUGAUUCCAUUUUUAUACUGCUCUAACGGUUAAGAAGUUUUUGUCAAUAUUCAAGGCAGAGUUAGUUGGGGAUAAUGCCAUUUGCUCCCUGUUCCAAAAUUGCUAAUGGCAGCUGUGUUUGGGAGAUAAGUCCCUUUUUAGCAACACAGUCAAGAUGGUACUGGUUCUGAGCACACCUUUAACAUCAGCACAUUCUACUGCUUGGCCAAGUGGCAUACUCAGGUUUACCACACAAGCAAGGCAAAAAAAAAGGGGGGGGUUUGAGAUAUGUCUAAAACAAAAGUUACAUUUUCAGACCAUUUCCAGCUGUCCCCAGGUAGUCUGGAUAUCAGCCAUUUUGUCUAGAGGAUUCCAGGAGCUGCAGUCUAAAAAAAAAAACACAACUUUCUCAAACUCUGGUCUCAAAGGCACCAAUCUUACAAAAGCUUCUGUAUUAAAUUAAGGAAGCCCCACUUUGAAAUGAGUGAUACUUAAUUAAAUUAAGCUACAAAUGUAUUUGAAGUUAAGCUCUUUAACAAACAAACAAAAGAACCACACUCUUUUCCUCAUCUUCCACUUCAGUGGGUCAAUCCAAACUGAGUACAACAUAUUGGGAUGUAUGCUGGUUUUGUGUUUUGUUUUGUUUUGAAAUAGGCAUCAGUGCAACCCCAGACUCCCUGUUUGGGGCAGAAUGGCAUAUGCUCAGUAUUUUGAUUCUUUUAUUGUUGCUGCUGAACUUUCUUUGUAAAUAUUGAGAAAUUUCCAAAAUGGCUGUUUUAGCGCCAAGUACUUGUGGCAGGAGAAACUGAACGAGCAUGCUUAGUACCAGUUACCAAACAUUGUCAACAAGCAACUCUGCCUAGGUCCCGCCGUUCCUUUAGACUAGGCCUCCCCUAGUGGGCAGCCUCUUUGCUGUGUUGGGCCAGAAUCGGUCGUCCCAGCCACCACAGCCCUUGGUCAUUGCAGCUGGGCAGCCCAACUCCUCUAGAGAGACCCAAUGUUAUGGAAGCUUAGUGCAUGCUAAAUUCCAAUCUGCAGGACAGCCCUUUACUCAGCCACAGGUUCUGGUAAACAGAGAAAUUACUGCUCAAUAGUAUAGUACAUCAAACGGAGCAAAUCCAUAUCCUGGGUUGAUGGUGAACUUGAAAUUACUGUUCAGCUGUAAUGACCUAGAAUCACCCUCUUUAAUUAUGCAAGCAGUAGGCAAAACCCACAUUAUAUUCAUAAGCAAGUGUGAUUUUGGUUUGAAAUCAAACAUACAAGCAUAUUGAAAAAAGAUAGCCAUCUCUCCCCCCCUUUUGGGGGGGGGAGCUGCAUCAGGAGGGUGAGUUGGAAUUUGUUCACUUUUGCUUAAUAAUGGGUGAUUGUUUUUAUUUUUAAACUGUACAUAUUUAUUGAUUGGGAAAUAUUUUUAAUCUUUUGAUAUUUAUAAUACUGGCCUGUCUCUGUACAUAGUAGUUCACAGAAAAAGUGAUCUUACAUCUGUGUUGGAGGUCAAGCUGUACAGCAUAGCCUUCCUGACGACACAUUGGGUCCCAUCCUCUGAGAACUUCUGCCCCUUAAAAGGAAUGGCAACAGAUACCAGAGUGCUUAGAGGCCACUCCCAUUCAUUUUGAUGGAGAGCGCUUCAGAAGUUCCCUGCCUGGAUUGUGCAUAGUAUGUUGUAUGUAAAUUCUUGCACAAAUGUGAGGCAAGCAUGCCAUGGGAAAUGGGUAGGAAGAAGAAUGCUUUAGCUAAAAUACGGUUGAGGGUCUAAAUUGUUGCCAGUUUCCAAGGAAUGCUGAAGUAGGCUUUUAGACCAUAAACAAGCUAGGCUUCCAGUAAUGUACCUGACACUAUCCAGUCCUUCAACCUGUAUGUUUUAUUGUAUCUUAUCUUCCUGUUGGGGGGGGGGGACAACAAUACUGAUCCCACAACUGCAAAUUCUUAUUGGCUUGGCUGUUCACAGUAAACCAACAGCGAGAACUGCCCUUUGCCAAUAGACAUCUUGUACAUACAGACCUGCCUCUCCCCCCAACCCAAGAACAUUUGUAUAUUUUUAUACAAUUUUUUUUAAAAAGAAACAUGGCCUUUUAUCUUUACAUAGUAGUAAACCACUUAAAUUUCUAAACAGGUUGAAGAAAUAAGCCCACGGUGUUGAUCUGAUCUAAGUGGAUCAUGUGUGUUAGAAAAACUGCUAAAGGAAAGGAAAGACUAGGUCCAUGUAGCAGAAUAAAUCUUCUUGUACCUCCUGAGCACCCCCUCUGUCAGCAUGUUUUCUCCAGCUCUUUCCUGGAGGCCUAGCAAUGAAGUUGACAGACAUCUUGGUAGCAUUGAAAGGUUUCCGGGUCAGACCAUCCCAAGAAGAACCUGUGUGACAUCAUGCUGUUCCUUCUAGAGGAAAAUGGCUCCUUCCCCCACAUCCUCCAGCCAAGGUGCCACCGUGUCUUUGACCCCUUCCCUUUCUCUUCCCUUCAGUGAACCUUCUGUCAUUGCCACCCCUUCUGUCUCAGAACCCUCUUAAGAGUAUAAAGAGAGAGUAAGAUGGGCACAGUCCUGUGAAAUUUGAUCAAGGGUCUGCCUUGAGGGCCAAGAAAACAGAGCAUGCACUUUCUCUACCAAUAGUCCCAGCAGGUCAGGCUGGAUCCUGAUUGGAAGAAAAGUCAUCAGGAAGGAUCAACAUGUAAUAUCUUUUGAAUCAUUUUGGCCUUAUGGGUAUCUGGGGUGAUGCCAUUUGUCCCAGAGGAUGCUUUUAGGUGUAACACCUUCACCUUCCAUGACACAGAUAAGAGAAAUUCAAAUUAAUUAGAGAACGUUAAUCUCUUCACAUGUAGCAAGUAAAGAAAACCUGUUCUCUCAAAGUGAUCUAUUUUAGCAUUACACUGAGCAGGGAUGGAAUGAGGUAAUGGGAAGGAAAUAACUGCAUUUUUCUGCCUUUCUGAGACUUUUAUUGCUCUAGCAAAGUAAAACAUUUCUUCCCACCCCUGCCCUUGGAAAAUGUAUGUUUGUGAAUUUCCAGUGUAUGUUUCUCCCCCACCCCCCCAUGCAACUUUUCAGAGGGUUGUCAAGGUUUUCCUCUUCUUUACUUCUUCCUUCAACUGAAAAGAGAUUGCCACAGAAGUUUUCCUUUGUAUAGAAUAUUUAUUUCGAAGCUCUAUUUUAAUAGUAUUUAUUUUAGAGGUCUACUAUUGUAAGAGUUCUUCUGUUCGUGGAGAAAAACAAGUUAAACUGAAUGUACUGAUCUAGAAAUUAUAUAUAAAAUAUAUAUUGUUAAAUA